AUGCAACGAGGUGAUGAUCGAAAAAAGGCAAUUCUUCUGUUCGAUGUCGAUGGAACAUUAACAAUGCCAAGACAGAAGAUAGAUAAAGAAAUGCGUGAUUUUCUGGUGGAAGUUCGAAAGAGAAUCCCAUUAGCAGUAGUUGGCGGAUCGGAUUUAUCGAAAAUUGUUGAACAAUUAGGUGACAGUCUUGACGAUGUGUUAACGCGAUUCGAUUACGUGUUCUCUGAGAAUGGUCUAGUCGGUUUCCACGAUCAGAAUGCGUUCCCAGUGAAGGUAAGAACACAUCUUACCGAAUCGCUUUCUUACGAAGUCCCGUUUAUUCUUUUUGCCUCAUCCUCUUCUUCACCCGUGCAAUAA